AUCAUGUAAAUGACGCAAGGGCAUGUAAAUAAAUUUACGUACUGCUGGUGACUGAUCUCGGGAAAUCCCAAAUCGCCUGAAAUUUACUUUCGAGAUCCGAUCUGCUGUUCUAUAUUGGAGUUACACCAGCGCUGAUCAUCAUGGCUUCCGGCCUGUCACCAACCAGUCCCCAUUCUCCUGUCGAACGUAGUGCCUGGAGCUUGUCAAACAACAGUGAGCCUUCCCAAGCCAUUGACGAUCGCGAAUUGGCCACGGUCCGAAGCCAGCUGCAGAGAUUUGUCAGCCAGCACGAGGACUCAAGCACUGAUUACACGGAAGGUGCCACCAGAAUCACAAAGCUGCACUGGAUCAACUCAAGUCAAAGGUCAAAGUGUCACAACUCUAGCUGCAAACUGAAGUUUACUUUGACACAUAGGAAGCACCACUGUCGAAAAUGUGGUGAGGUGUUUUGCGCCAAGUGUCUGCAAUUUCAGAGGAAAUUAUCUCCCACCGCCGAGUAUGAUCCAAACGGCAAGCUGUACAUGGUUUGUUCGGACUGCUUUCAUUCCGAGACGCAGGGCCGAGGGCAGGCUCGCAUCUGGACGCAAACAUUUGCCGAGAUGCGUAGAGACUCCCUGACCGAGCGGGCCAAGUUCACCGACAACACCAACACCAAACCCACCAGAUCUUAUCUCCAGAAGGAAUGCCAACGCAUGGUGGACGGCUUCACCAAGAACCUUACCAGCAUCACCCCGACUCAGAAUGGAACGGCCUCGGCAAAGGUGGACACCAAAAAAGGGAGCAGACUCUUGAAGAAGCUGGGCUCCAUCAAGACCCAGGUGGGCAAGGUCCCCGGCCUGGUGAAGCCCGGCUCGCCGGAGUGGCUCCGACCCGACGCUUGGGUGCCGGAUGGCACCAACUGCCAGUUCUGCGGCACGGCCUUCACCUACAAGAAGCACAACUGCUACAUCUGUGGCCGCCUGGUGUGUCUCACCUGCUCCCACAAGGAUCUGCUCCUCUACGUGCCAGACAAGAGUGACCAGGAACGGGAAGGGAAGCAUGCCAGGUGGGCUGUCAUCAGAGUCAUCGGGAGUCCGGAGAUUGAGCCGGACAAGAGGCUGUACGUGCGUACUUGCAAAAUGUGCCUGGUGGAGCUGACAGAGCUGCAGGUGGACAACUACCAGGCAUCCACAAGAGGAGAAGACAGUAAGGACUGCGUAACCAAGAUGAUGGAGAUCCACGAAAACAUCACCACAUUCCAGGUCAAGAUUGACGAAAUGCUCCCAAAGUACAAGCAACUGAUUGAUUCCCUGGAGAUAGCGGCUGAGAGCCCCAAGUCCCUACCGCCUUCCAGGAACAACAUGCAGGUCCUUGCUAAAAACCAGGGUGAUCUGGCCGAUCACUUCACUUCGUUCGUCGUGGCUGUGAGUCGCCUCAAGCAGUUGAAGCCCAGAACUCAGACUCAGCUCAAACUCGUCAAGUUGCUCAUGAGGUCCAAGUUUUCUUACUACAAUGACAGCAUGUACAACUUCCGUCAGCUGAAGAAACGCCUAGAGCAGAUCUCACCCCCAGAAGUCUUAGAAUCCAUUCAGUCCAUCGUGGACUCACAGGCAAUCAACUCAACGUGUCUCUCCAUCGGUCAGUUGUCCUACGAGUCACUCCACAUUUGUCUUACUUACGAGCUUAGUGAAGAACUACCCGCCAUCUUCAAAGAUACAUACGAGGUCUGUCUGGCUGACUUGCAGAAGAUUAUCCAGGAGCAGGGACAGAACUGGGAGCAGCACAAGAAAGACAUCACCAAAUUCAUUAAAGUGCAGCUCACGGGAGAUGAGGAAGCCCGCAUGGCUCCCAGCCUGUGCCUGACGCCGUCCCCCCGCUACGUGCGGCUCUACGGCACCUGCUACGUGGAUGAGUACCUCUUCAGCCGCUGCGAGGAGAUGGCGGGCAAGAUCCUAAUGCAGCUGCAGAGCAGAUGCGCCUACCGCAAGUUCCCCAGGAGCAAGGAGUCCCUGGCCUGGCUGCGGCAGAGCAUCAAAGAUCUCCACGCCGUGACCAGGAAGAACAUGGAGUUGGACCAGUGAAUGAGGAGACACGUAGGGCAUUCUUGUAGGUCAACUGUACCGCUGAGAGAGAUCCCUGGGACAAAAUAGGGAGGGGGGGUCGACAGACUCUUCAUGCUAACUUCUGCAGUGGUUCGGAUGUUCUCUGCUUCACACGGAAUUCUUCGGUGACUACGGCAAUGUGUAACCACAGUGGCAGGACAAGGUUGCUUCUCUUCACUAUUUGACUUGAAAUUAUGCAUGAGUCUAUGAUUGUUGCCGAGCCACUGCCCCAUAGGGGCUUGUGUAAUCUCAAGCCACAGCCAAGCAAUUUAGAUACCGCCUUAAGUUGUCAGUGGAUUCGUCCCUCAACUUUCAGAAAAAGAUCCCUCCUGAGCCAUGAAUCACAAAGGAGAGAUAGUAGUCUCAGAUUAAGCAAAGGUCGAGCCACCACAAAAAGAAGUACAUAUAUUCAGGGCCAUUUGGAUUUCAAAGUUUCAGUAAAUACCAAAACAGUUUAUCAGAAGUGACCAUUCCAAAAGUCUUCAUGCCAUAGUCAUUAUUGCUUGCAUCCAGCCUUGUAUAUGCUGCUCUUGGCCUACAGAUGACAGUCUGAACCCAAACCCACAAAAUAGGACUUUGUGUGUGUAACAAGUUUUAUAUUUAUUUUUGAAAUUGAGCCUGGGGGUAAAAGGUCACGCAGCGAGCUUCCGGAACCCUCGCGCGGUCCUCCUCUGGGGAUUUUACGUUGGGCCAUCCUAUCGCGUGCGAUAAUUUUUUGAAGAACAAUUCCGAACUGAAACCACCCCAUGAAACACUCCUGUUGGAAUUUUACCUUUGUCUUCCUCAAGUAAUAUUUAGGGAAAAGUUACAUUAAGAUAUGUAAAAAACGAAUUUUCUUAACCUUUCACUUCCGGUGAUAUCGUACCUAGGUCUUCAUGUUCAUGCACGUUUGUUUUCACUGCCCUUGCUUACGUGAAAGCGAGAUUGUACAACGUCGCAAAGAUUUACCUACUUGCAGUUGAUGGGUUCUAGAUUCCGUUGAGUUGACAUCACGCAGUUGUAGUCAGCAAAGGU